AUGAGAACGAGAGAGACCGAUUUUGCUCGUUCGUCGGCGGGCUUCGUCGGAAUGCCGGGCGACGACGGUGGGCUGUCGCGUGACUUCGUCUACCUCAAAAGGAAAGGAAAGAUGAAAGAGGCGACCAAAGGUAAGGGAGACAAGUAUAGGGAGAGCCGGAGGCGGAGAGGGAGUUACCGAGUGUCCGA